UCCCCCCCCCGCUUUCUCUUCUCGCACACAUACGCCUGCCUUAACUCCCCUCCUCCUUUCCUUGUCGAACUUUUCAGUGAAUGCAAAAACUUUUCCUUGAUUCCACGAAGCACCUUCCCUUUCCUUAAAAGCAACACAUCACAAACCCCUCGCCCACCACCUGUAAUAAAACCAGAUCCAACGGGGUUCAUAUAUGUAUAUGAGUUGUUUUCUGUUCAAUAUUUUCGGGACUCUGCCUUCGUGGAGUGCGGAAUAGGUUUGGAGAGCUGAAGCCAUGGGGCAAGCGGAAGAGCUGAUCCGAAUGGCCAAAAGGUUGGAUAAGAUGGUGUCGAGGAAGAGCAUGGAAGGUGCUCUUGACCUGCUGAAGAAACUGAACAGUUGCCCCAUGACCAUCCAGCUGCUGCAGACCACAAGAAUUGGCGUGGCUGUCAACACGAUCCGUAAGCACUGCACAGACGAGGAGGUGGUCACUCUGGCGAAAAUCCUCAUCAAGAACUGGAAGAGGUUGUUGGAGUCAGGGACUGAGAAGAGCAAAAAGGAGAAAGACGGAGACAGAGGGAUUGAUAUCCCUGGCUGGAAAACUGAAGACGCCGUUUCCCACUCAGUGAAUCUCUGCAAAAGUUCUGAUGGAAAGCAAAAAGACCGGAAAUCAAACAAGUCCAUCUCCCUGGAGGCAAUGCCAAAGAAUUGUUCCAUGCUUUCCAAGCCAGACAGAGAUACUCAGGAACCCAAAACCACUUCAGCUACAUCCAAAAAGUCACCAAACUUGGAACUAAAAAAGGAGAGACGAGACUCUGAUGACUUAAGAUCUUCUACUUCCACUGCUGCCUCCUCCUCUCCUCCCAAGGGACUGUCAAUGGACAGGAGAGCCUCCACUGGCUCCAACCCCGCUGCGUCUCCUCCUGGUUCUUGGAAAAAUUCUACAGAUAGCAAAGAUGAGAGAUCCCAAAGCAAAGCUAGGCCAGAUGUGCCCAAGACCCCCACCAGCCCCAUCACUCCAACAUUUGCAUCGUCCAGCUGCUUCUUGACCUCUUGCUAUCUGACGGGAGACUCAGUCCGGGACAAAUGCAUCGAGAUGGUGUCAGCGGCUCUGAAAAUGGAUGAUGACUACAAGGAGUUUGGAGUCAAUUGUGACAAGAUGGCAGCUGAAAUUGAAGAUCGUAUCUACCAGGAGCUGAAGAGCACCGAUAUGAAAUACCGUAACCGAGUGAGGAGCCGGAUCAGCAACCUGAAGGACCCCAAGAACCCUGGUUUGCGCCGAAAUGUGUUGUGUGGUGCCAUACCGCCCAGCCUCAUCGCCAAGAUGACAGCAGAAGAAAUGGCUAGUGAUGAACUGAAGGAGCUGAGGAACGCCAUGACCCAAGAAGCCAUCCGAGAGCAUCAGAUGGCAAAGACUGGAGGCACCGCCACGGACCUCUUCCAGUGUGGCAAAUGCAAAAAGAAGAACUGCACGUAUAAUCAGGUCCAAACUCGGAGCGCUGACGAGCCCAUGACGACCUUUGUGCUGUGCAAUGAGUGUGGGAACCGCUGGAAGUUCUGCUGAUGUUCCUUGCGGUCACAUAGCAGCCACUGAUGGAGAAGGUGUUAUCCUGUCAAAGUCAGUGAGGAGAAACUUUGAGCUGUCUACUGAAGAACUAAAAGCAGGAAAGGAAGAAAACCUGAAAGGCGGGAAAGCCAUACUGGAUCCUUAAAAAUGCAAAAGGGAGUAAUUACCUAGAGGGAGUGAUGGUCUGUCAAUAAUUCAGGUGAUGGAAUGAUGCCACUAUUAGCAGGGCUGUGUGUGCUCUGCAGACAUGCUAUGCAAGUGCAGAAUUUUACACUGAGUGCAGAAUUCCACAUUCUGAGACUCUCCACAUUUUUUUUAAAAAAAACUAAGUUUCUAUCCCUUAAGGCUGCAAAGAAAGGUCUGAAAUUGCAUGGGCAAUGUAUAGUGGAAAUCUCUAUAUAAGUGGGGCUGGAUCAAGAGUUAUAAUACUCAAGGUAUGGACCUUCAGUAUCCUGCCUAAGGUUUCUUUCCUCUGCUCAACUAGCAACCAUUUUUUCAGAUCACAGAAUCCAGGUUUUCAUGAUUCAGAAUUUAGGUAACUUCUUGUUCACAUAGAAUACAUUUCUCACUCUGUAGAAAUGUAUGUAUGUAGAGCUGGCCUGCAGGCCGAUAGCUUAUUAGGUGCUUUUAGAAGAUUCUUGAAGGCAGGACUGGGGCCCUCAGGCCUGGGGCCUGAAUGUGGCCCUCCAGGCCUUUCUGUGUGGCCCUUGAGGCUCUUCCUGAAACAUGCCCCCUCUCCACAAGCCAUAGCCCUCUCCGGUGUCCUUGAGUGCUUUUGCUUGGCUGGAAUGUGUCCUUGAAAGGUUAUAACAUCCUCUUGCUUGACAGGAUGGGAGGAUGGAGACCUCUGACCCUUGGGUGGCCUGCUCCACCCACUUUUGCAUGUGACCCUUGUACUGCAAAAGGUUCCUCAUCCCUGCUUUUAGGGCAUCAGUCUUCAACUGCUGGGUUGGCAACUACAGGGGAAGGGCCGUGGUCCUGUGGUUGAGUAUCUGCUCUGCAUGCAGAAGGUCCCAAAUUCAGUCCCCAACAUCUCUAGGUAUGGCUGGGAGAGAUUCCCUGCCUGAAAUCCUGGAGAAUUGCUGCGUUAGUGCAGACAAGACCGAGCAAAGUUCUGACUAGGCAUAAGGCAGCUUUCUAGGUUCCUAAGUGGAUCCCAUUGCAACCUCAAGUGAAUUGCAGCAGAGAAAGAGAAAGGAUGACCAGAUGUUGUGGAGGAUGAAUCUUCUAUAUUUUUAACAUCAGAAGAAUUUCAGCAGAUGCAGUUUCUCCCUUCCCUGUCCUCUACCCAAACCCCCUCAUUUCCUUUCCUUUGAAGCUGCCUUACAUGGAGUGAGACCACUGGACCAGCUGGCCCAGUUCUCUCUCUCUCUCUCUGGCUGGCAGUUGCCAUCCAAGGUCUUUUCCCAGCUCUCCUUCCUGGGCCCCUUUAACGUAGAUGGUGUUGAACCUGGAACCUUCUGCAUGCAAAGUUCUGGUCUACCCUUGCAUCUGGUCACCACGGGGAGAGAAGCAAGACAAUAGCCAGGCAUGUUUUUAAAAAAGGAUUCCGUGCUGCAGGCUAUUGCUAUAGGGCAGGGCUCUCCAGUGUGCCACCUGUGGGUGCUGGUGUGCCAAUCAGCACCUUCUAUGGUGUCCACAAAAGGACUUUGUAAAUAUCCCCUCAAAAACCCACAAUAUACAAGAAAUGAUUUGCUCUUCCUGCUUACUUCCUAUUUGCACUGGCUUGGUCUCUCCUAUAUUGAGGAUGCCCCUUAUAAACAUGCACACAUUUCAUUGGACCACUUUCUUAUCUGUUAUGAACAGAGGAGGAGUGAGCUUCUCUCUGUGAGGGGCUGUUUCACGGAUGUUGAUGUAGGUGCCUUUUUUCCAUUGAUGGGGGGGCGCAUGCAACACAAUUUUGUGGCCCUGUCUCUUUUCCUGUUCUUUUAGAUGUGGCAGCCAUUUUGCCAUGCCGUAACAGCAGCCAUUUUGUGAUGUGAUCUGCCCCCCACAACAGCCAUUUUGUGAUUAGCGCCCACAACACUUUCUCAAAUUCCAAAUAUGCCCACUGGCCCGCAAAAGAUGUUGACUCCUCCUCUAGGGGAUGUGUGCAUUGUGGAUGGGGUCACUCAUUAGAUGCCAGAUGGAGCUGGAUGAAGAUUAGAACAGCCCUUCAAUAAAGUGUUCUGUGUGAGGCACACCUGCUUGCUCCACCAGUCAUGAGUAGGGAUGUAGAGAAUUCCAUUGAAAAUGGAAGCGGAGAUGGCUGCUGUUUGCUGUUUGUUACAGGUCUGAAAUGGAAAUCAGUCCAGUGAAUAUGAUCGAUAUCCAUCCAGCGAAUAUGAUCAAUAUUUGCUCACAAUGUUCUUGGGUUUUCUUAAAGCUCACUACCAAUAUGUAAUUAAUGACUAUUUCAAUAUAUUUGAGGUUUCCUUUAUGUUGAAAUGAAUGGUGUGGAAAUAAUUAUGCCAUUAAUUCCACUAAAUUCAUAACGUACCUAAAUAAUUAUGUAAAUUAUGUUAAAUAGCAGACAGUGAGAUGAAUAAGGUAGUGUUUGACCAAACUGCAGCAGACUGGAAACAGCAGUGAUUGUGACAGAGACAGGCAGGAACAGAAAUUGCUGCUUUCUUACAUCCCUAGUCAUGAGCUUAUAUGGCAUCAGUGACUGGGUCUGGAAGCAGCCCCCCAUUUUAAGUAACCAAAAUGUCCCAAAGGAACGCCGUAACAAGUCAUCUGGGGCGUAGUGGGAAAAUUAAAAUGGUGGAUGGCAUCCCAUUCAAUGCCACCAGAUAAGCCAGGGACAAGUGAGUGGUCCCUGAUGGGCUGUUUAGGAUGUUUUGACGCUAGAGAAACAAGAACUGCAACAAAUCUGUACAGUUAUUAUAUGAUGGGGUGGGUGGGAAUAAGGGGUAAUCUCUCCCCCCUGUUUUUUCCUAAGAAUGUUUACCAUGUCCUUAAUGUUUCUGGAGUGGAGUGGAGCAGGCACUGAGCAUGUAUAAACCAACUGUCAAGUCGCUAUUGAUGACCUUGUACAUUAGUAAACCCCUGAAAGCUCUUCCGUU